AUGUCAGAUGAAGAAUUAGCACCUUUGGAUAUUCCAUUUGAUAUCAACUUGUUUUCAGUCAAUUUCCAUCCAACCGAUGAUCUUGUUGUCGUCUCGGAUGCAGAGGGAACUGUUAAACUGUUCCGUUAUUCAUUGGAAGAGAAUCAACAACUACUCUCCCUUAGAUUACAUCAUAGUGGUUGUAGAGAGGCUAGAUUCUCAACAGAUGGAAAAUAUAUAUUUACAGCAUCGUCUGAUCAUUCAAUGAAAGUAGUAGAUGUAAAUACAGGUCAAGUAUUAUUUACAAGAGAAGAAGCUCAUGAUAAAGAUUUUAUGUUAUUUACUGGUGAUGAUGAAGGUACUGUUAAAGUAUGGGAUAUGAGACAACAGAAUCUUGUUUGCGAAUUUCAAGAACAUGCUGAUUUCAUUUCAGAGAUUAUUACUAUAGACGAUCGUCACAUCAUUGCAACAAGUGGUGAUGGAGGUGUUUCAAAGUACAACUUUGUCAGAAGAAGUCUUGAUGACAUUUCUGAAAAGUCUGAUAAUGAAUUAUUAUCUGUUAUUUCAAUGGAGGAUAAUCAAACAUUGGUUUGUGGAUCACAAGAUGGAACGGUUUAUAUAUACGAUAUUAAUAAUUUGGAACAUCCAAAAAAAUUCAAAGGACAUCCAUUAUCUGUCGAUACUUUAUUAAAAGUAAAUGAAACAUCUUUUCUAUCUGGUUCAUCUGAUGGUAUUAUAAGAUUUGUUGGUCUUAAACCAAAGAAAUUACUUGGAGUAAUUGGUGAACAUCAAGGAUUCCCAGUUGAAAAGAUGGCAAUUUCAAGAGACAAUAGAUAUUUGGGUAGUAUUUCACAUGACCUUUCCUUAAAGUUUUGGAAUGUUUUCCAUUUGUACAAUGACGAGGAUGAUGAACAACGCAGCAGUAGCGCAAGUGGUGACGUUGGUCAAAUGGAUGAAGGACAGUACGAAGAUGACGAUCAAGAAGAUGAAGACGACGAUGAUGAAGAGGUUGAUAUGGACAGUGAAGAUGAUAGCGACAGUAGCAGUGACGAUGAUAUGAUUGAUAGUGAUAGCGAAGUCAUCAAACAAAACAAACAAAAACUAAUGAUGAUGAUGGCCGCCAAGGGUAAAGUAAAGGUUGGUGAUAGUGAUGAAGAAGAAGAACAAGAUGAAAGUGAAGAUGAUGACAAUAGCGAUGAUGAAGAUGACAGUGACGACGACAACAAUACACAAAAACCAAAAAAGGUCUCUAAAAAACAAUUACAUCAACAAGAACAAGAUAAAUGGAAACAAGGUUCACAACAACCAAACAAAAAGAAAAAUAAAAAAAAAAAAUCUUUUUAUAAUGGUCUUUAA